AUGGCGACCAAUAAGGAGGAGGCAAAACAUGAAAGGAAGGCACUUGGGAUGACGGGUGAAAAUGGAGGAAGUGGCACGGUGUCGGAGGAGGUAGUUCUAAAGAAAGGACCGUGGACGGCGGCGGAGGACGCGGUUCUGGUAGAGUAUGUGACAAAGCAUGGAGAAGGGAACUGGAAUGCAGUACACAAAAAUACAGGACUAGCUCGUUGCGGCAAGAGCUGUAGGCUGAGAUGGGCGAACCAUUUGCGACCCAAUUUGAAGAAGGGUGCUUUCUCUCCUGAGGAAGAGAAGCUCGUCCUAGAGCUUCAUGCGCAGUUUGGUAACAAAUGGGCCCGCAUGGCUGCUCUUUUACCUGGGCGUACGGACAAUGAAAUCAAGAAUUAUUGGAACACAAGGGUGAAGCGUUGUCAACGGCAAGGACUGCCUCUUUAUUCCGAUGAACCUGGUCGUUCCACUACCUCUGCUAAACCCAUCGCCGUCGGUCUUCCUCCUCCUGCCUCACAGAUCGAGUUCCUUCAUCACCAUCACUAUCACCCUUUGUCUUCUCCCACCCCACCUCCCCAUUCUCCUCUAUCAUCGCCACUUCAGCCUAAACCUUCCAUUUCUGACCCCAUGAUUCCUCUUUCUUCCCCUUCUUCUUCUACGUCCUCUCAUUCCUUCAUCUUCAGCCGCCCCACUCCACUUCUGUCUAACCCACUUGGCUUCAAGCGAUUCCGCACUUCUUCUGGUUAUCCCAUACGAGUGGCUCCCACUACUAUUGUAACCUCUACUUCACUUCCAGAUCAGCCACUGACGGCGGCUCAGUCUGUCGAGUAUCCUGGAUUCCGAUUUACUGGUCAAGUUAACUCUGGUUUAUCUCAUAUUUAUCAUGCUCCAUUGUUAGAGUACAAUCGAGGAGGGAUUUUCAACCAAUUUGCUAAUUCUCCUGCAAAACUUGAGCUCCCUUCAAACCAAUUUUCCCAGUCUAAUAUUAUACAGCCAGAGAGUAAGUUUAACAUCCAAAUGAACAAUGGUGGUGCUAUGAAGAACAGUGGCGGUGGUAAUGGGUUUCUGAGAGAUCCUCUCUUUGAAGCUCAGACUUUGACAUCUGACCAGACGGCACUAAAGAAACGAAAUUACUUCUAUCCAGAUGAAUUGCAUCUUAACUCUUCUGACUGGUCUUCAAAUGCAGAACUGGAACUGAAGGAAGAAGCACAAGAUAACCUGAGUAAAUCCAUGAACGACGACUUAUCUUCAAUGCUUGCCGUCAUGCCAUCGACCCUGUCAAUUUCAGAUUGGCCUAACGGCGGCAGUGCUGCAGAAGAAGUUUCUGCCAAUGUUCAAUCUUCUGGUGUCAUUCCAGACGAUAAUUUUGGACUUGACAAUAGACCCAUUGCUUCUUUCUUUCCCAUAACAAGCACAACAAAUCAGAAUGACAAUUCUGGAUGUUACUCUUGGGACGACUUACCAGGAUUUUGCUGA